UUGAAUAAUUUUGUCAAUUUAACAGUUAACGUGCCUGCUGUCUUUGUCGUCCACAUCCCCGUAGACAAGUCCCGCCUGCAGUCUCAACGUGGACCCUCCCGCCUGGGGAUUGGAGCGGCUGCAUGUCAGUAAAUAUUAGCCGCCCUCCCUCCGUAGUGUGCCAGGGGAACAGAGCCAGACAGCGGCGGAUCGAUCCAUCGCGCACGCUCCAUACAGAAGGAAGGGAUGGAGGGGGAGAUGCAGCCCGCCGACGAAGGCCCCUCCGCCGCCAAGACGCGACGCGGUGUCCCCGCCUGGAGCCUCCGCUGCAAGCUUCCGGAAGAACCGCCGCGCCUCGACCGCUCCGCCGUGAUGGAGCCUCCGCUCUUCUGUGACGCCCGUCAGUUCAUCUUCCAUCCCGGGCAGCCUCUCCCUUUCCAGGCGGAGCACUACCACCGCCAGAGGUUCUCCGACGAGGCCAGGCCCAGCUGCGGGGUCCCGACAUCCACCUCGGCGGCAGCGGGCGGCGUCGCUCUUGGUGCCCCGCAGAAGCGCGCCGUCAGCGGCGUAGCCGAGUGCAGGUUGUCCCCUGGACGCCUGAAGCAGGAAUCUCCAGACUGCACGUUUGGUAUCAGCUCAGAGAACCGUCUCAUCUUGGACGCCUUCGCCAAGGAAUGCAGUCGGGUGCUGAGCCUCCUCAACAACGGGCGGCUGCUGCAACCAUCGCCGUCGUCCGCGUCCUCGGCCAACAUCAAGCUGGAGGACGUGUCCGUGGGCCGCCGUUGCUCCUCGUUGAGCAAGUCCAAGGCUGAGGAGCGCUCCUCCUCCUCGUCAUCCUCUCCCUCCACCGAGCCGGAAUACGAAGCCCAGCAAAGCCAGCAGACGUCCGCCGUCCUCAGCAUCUUCACAGACUCUCUGCACAACUAUCUGCUCUCGGGGCAGCAACAGCAAGCCCGUCUGGUCGUGGUCCAGGACGAGGAGCAGCAGUGCCACUCGGCGGAGCCCGCCUCUCCCUCCAGACGCGCCCUGGGCGGUUGGGGCUCGCCGACGCCCUCCGACUCGUACGGACACCCUUCGUCCACGCUGCCCGAGGAGGACGAGGAGGAGGAAAGCUGCUGCCCGCGUUGUUUGGAGCUGGAGCAGGAGGUGCUGUCGCUGCAGCAGGAGAACGAGGAGCUUCGCAACAAGCUUGAGAAUGUCCCAGUUCCCUGUCAAGACGUCCUCGACUACUUCAAGAAUGUUCUGGACUUUCACAACCAGCUCGUGCCGCCGAUACCAGAGGAGGCGCUCACAGAGGAAGAAGAACAGCAGACUGUGUUUGAGGGAAGCAAGCAGCUGCUGGAGAACUACCCGCUCUUCAUCAGCAGCAAGCAGUGGGACGAGGCCGUCAACUCUUCCAAGAAGGACGGCAGGCGGCUGCUGCGCUACUUGAUCCGCUACGUCUUCACCACCGACGAGCUCAAGUUCUCCUGCGGCCUGGGCAAGAGGAAGCGCUCGGUCCACCUGAGGGAGUCGGGCCACGAGAGGCGGCCGCUCAACCCCGUCAAAGUCAGCUGCCUCAGAGAGUUCAUCCGGAUGCACUGCGCCUCCAACCCAGACUGGUGGAUGCCCUCGGAGGAGCAGAUCAACAAAGUUUUCAGCGACGCCGUCGGACACGCUCGGCAGGGCCGCGCCGUGGGCACCUUCCUGGGCGGCGGCGGUGGCGGCGGAAUCUACAUGGACAGCUUCGACGGACAGCUGUCGCAGGACGAGCUGUAUAUAAAAGGCUGUCACAACGGCCAGCUAGACUGAAGUCUUCUAUAAAGUUCAAGUUAAAGUACCACUGAUAGUCUCACACACACACACACUUGGUGGAAUUAACCUCUGCUUUUGACCCACCCCCUGGGAAGUGAGGGGAGCAGUGGCCACGCCCGGGAAUCAUUUUUGGUGAUUUGACCCCCAAUUCCAACUCUUGAUGCUGAGUACCAAGCAGGGAGGUAAUGGGUCCCAUUUUUAUAGUCUUUGGUAUGACUCGUAAAAAAACGCAUAUCUGCUCCACUUAUAGUCCACCAAGGGCGGACGACCUUUUUUCCAGUAUGUGAACAAAAUGCUCUUUCGAACAA